AUGUUAACGGUCAGUGCGUGUAAAGCGAACUUGACGAAGGCACUCACGGCUCUGGAUAGUGUACAAGGUAGGAUCCCGGCUUUCCUGUUGAAUGCAAUAGAUGCACAGGUUAGCGAUGGAGAUCUCGACGCUAUACAUGCCUCCUUAGUAGCUCACCUUACCCAAAGAUUUGCAGCACUUCGCACGGUGAAAGAAAGACGACAGGCGAUCAUAAAUUUAGUCGAGAGAGAAGCUUGCAUCAAGGAAUCUCGCGCCGAGGAUGCAAUAGCGGCUGCAGAAGACACCGCAGGGUCUCUUCACGUACGCUUGAGCGAAGUCAAUCUUCGCAUUGAGACCAGCAUAUCAACGUUACUUCCGCGUACAGCGCAAAAAGAGCAACAAGAGAUUUCCGCAGUUGCGUUUAACGCGCGCAAUAAUAGCCGUCCUUUCAUUUUACCGCAGCGGUCCCUUGGUGGGCAGUACGGCUUGGAUGCACCUAUAGGCGAGGCCCAAGUAGUACUACAGGAUCUUGGCCCCGACGAGUGUAAUUACUUUAAACUGGUGAAGUCCUUGAAGAGGCGCUACGAUCGUCCUUAUAAAACUCGUGCGACUCUGCAUAGGCAACUUCAGCGGCUAUCCACAGCUCGUAAUUCAGGUCCAGAUCUUCGUAAUACUUGGUCCCAUAUAUCUGGUAUUCUUCACGGCUUGCCUAGGUACUAG